AUGGCUCGACUGGACGCAUUGGCUCUGCGAGCGACGUCGAUCGGCUCCUCGUCGGCCAUAAGACGCCACCAUCAUCGCCGUCACAGCGGCGGCAACAAGAGCGAGGAACGAUCACAUCGCGGCGACUCAGACGAGCUGCCGCUGCUGCUGCGCCAACUGCCGCCGAGCGCGUCGAUCUGCAAACAGCUGCGAGGCCUGAGCCCCGGCCAGGAGAAGCUCUGCGGCCUGUCGCAGGACCACAUGCCGUGGGUGGCGCGCGGCGCCAGGAGCGCCAUCGACGAGUGCCAGCACCAGUUCCAGCAUCGGCGCUGGAACUGCUCGACGACGACGACGCCCCUCGACGAUGACUCCGAGAGCAAGAAGAAUCAAGUCGCGGCCAUCUUCGGGCCCGUGCUCGAGUCCGGCAGUCGCGAGACGGCCUUCGUGCACGCCAUCGGCGCCGCGGGCCUCGUCUACACCCUGGCGCGGGCCUGUCGCGACGGCCAGCUGUCGAGCUGCGGCUGCUCCCGUGGCUCCAGGCCCAAGGACCUCAAUCGCGAGUGGAUCUGGGGCGGCUGCGGCGACAAUCUCGAAUACGGAUACAAAUUCGCGCAAUCGUUCAUCGACGUGAGGGAGCGGGAGCAGCGCCACAAGCGUCGCAGUCACGAGCACGGCCGCAGCCUCGUGAAUCUUCACAACAACGAAGCCGGCCGACGAGCAGUAAUCAAGCGAUCGAAGGUAACGUGCAAGUGUCACGGCGUAUCGGGCAGCUGCAGUCUCAUCACCUGCUGGCAGCAACUGGCUUCCUUUCGCGAAAUCGGCGAUUAUCUACUGGACAAGUACGACGGCGCCACCGAGGUAAAGGUCAAUCGAAGGGGCCGCCUGUCGAUCAAGGAUCCAAGAUACUCUCUGCCGACGGCCAACGAUUUGGUUUACCUCGACGACUCGCCCAACUAUUGCUUUGCCAACUCGUCUCUCGGUUCCCUAGGCACUCGAGGAAGAACUUGCAAUAGAACGUCCACCGGCAUAGACGGCUGCAAUCUUUUGUGCUGCGGUCGAGGCUACAAUACUCAAAAGAGCAUCAUCAGCGAGAGGUGCGAUUGCAAGUUCCACUGGUGCUGCGAAGUCCAAUGCAGCACUUGCAACAAAAGUCUUGACGUAUACACGUGCAAGUGAGUCCACCGGCGCGAAACUUGCUUGU